GUUCACAUACACCUGUUGCAGUUCACAAAAUGUAUUUUCUCUCCGUGUAGCCUAUAAAAUUGUGAAUUCACGUUCGGAUAUAUCACUGGCUACCAAACUUGAAUGGAAUAUACACAGAUAAGUGGAGUGUCUGUUACCUGAGGUUGUGCGGACAGGAAGAGAGAGAGAGAGAAAGAGAGAGAACUAUGAAAGACGAAGAUGGGAGUUAGCCGGAACACGAAACUAUUCGUCGGGCUCAUCUAUGUGUCUCAUUGCAUGUACGGGAAUUUCUUGGCGCUGUCGUCUGUUGUUGCUCUGGGUGCCAAUAUAAUCUGUAAUAAAAUUCCUGGCCUCGCUCCUAAACAAAGGACAAUUUGCCAGAGUCGACCGGACGCUAUUGUGGCAAUAGGUGAGGGGGCUAAACUGGGAAUCAGCGAAUGUCAAUACCAGUUUCGGAAUAAACGCUGGAAUUGCUCCAAUAUUGGCUCGGGAGACUCCAUGUUUGGUCACGUGCAUCUCGUGGGAAGUCGGGAGGCAGCUUUUACCUAUGCCAUAAGCACAGCGGGAGUGACAUACGCAGUAACUCAGGCCUGUAGUCAGGGAAACCUGUCCAACUGUGGAUGUGAUAGGUCAAAAAAAGAAGGCCGAUUCUCGGCCCAAGGUUGGAAGUGGGGAGGCUGCAGCGCAGAUAUUACAUAUGGCCUCAAACUGGCGAGAAAAUUCAUGGAUGCUCGAGAAAUAGAAGAGGAUGAGAGGUCCUUGAUGAACCUUCACAACAAUCGAGCGGGGCGAAAGGCGGUAAAAGAGAAAAUGAGGACGGAGUGUAAGUGCCAUGGAGUGUCGGGCUCGUGCACAAUGAAAACGUGUUGGACUACAUUGCCGUCUUUCAGGAAAAUAGGUGAACAUCUACGAAUGAAGUACAACAAAGCUAAGCUAGUUGAACCAAUCAAAGGACGCCGGGCAAGACGGCCCGUAUUUUUAACUCUGAAAAAAUCUAAAAGGCCCCAUAGGAAACCUAGGCGGAGUGAUAUCGUUUAUUUAGAAAAAUCACCGAACUAUUGUGAGUAUGACCUCACAACAGGGACCCUUGGAACCGUGGGGAGAAAAUGCAAUCGGUCAUCUACAGAGAUCGACGGCUGUGGACUCAUGUGUUGCGGCCGGGGUUAUAACACACACCAGUACACAAGAACAUGGCAGUGCAACUGUAAAUUUCACUGGUGUUGUUAUGUAAAUUGCAGCACAUGUAGUGAAAGAACAGAGGAAUUUACGUGUAAAUAAACA